AUGGAAGACCUCAACUUGGUUCUUGGACACAAGACCUCACGGAGUCUUGCUGACAGUGAGAGUCUUGCCAGCGCCAACCGAAGCAGCAGCAGUAGCAGCAUGGGCUGUCGAGUCUGUCGCGCGAGAAAGUGUCUGUCUGAUAAGAGAUUAAUCCAACUCACAUGCGAUAAACCGCAGGUCAAAUGCGACGGUCGGCCCAACGGCUGUCGCAAUUGUGAACGUCUCCAACUCGAGUGUGUUGACGAUGACGGUUCAAAGUCUGGCAGUCGGCGUGGAUCAGUUCCUGUGUCCCUGAGGAAGAUCAGGACUUAUCGCUCAUGUACCAGCUGUCGUGUAUCAAAGACUAAAUGCGACGGCGACCGCCCGAGAUGUUCACGAUGUAGCGCCCGUAAUCUCGAAUGCCAGUAUGACGGAGGCUCGGCUCCUCGCUGGGCACGCAACCUCAGUAAGGCACCAACUUCGGGCUCGACUGAGGAAGAUUUAGAGUCCUCUUUGGAUGCUUCCUCAAUUGCUGGAGAGAGCCUGAGGUCACACAGUCUCAUCCAGUCACGGGAGAACGAUGUCGCAACGUCUCAUCGGUCAAGCACCAGAGAUACCAGCAGCAUCAAUCCACCCAUAGACUUUUCCGAUGAUACCGAGUUGUCUAUUCAUUCAUGGCUCAUAUCACCAGAUCUCCCAUCUGGUAACAAUAUUCGUACUGUAGUCGACCACUAUUUUGCCAACAUUCAUCCUCUCCGAUGCUUUGCUUUUGUACAUAGACCAUCAUUUGCUCGCCUGUUAGACAAGGGCUUUGAGUCCGAUGACGAAAAGGCACUACUGCACAUUAUUUGCGCACAAGGAGCCAAGUUUUAUGCUCUGUCUAUCAAUUUGGAGGAUCAAGAUGCCAAAGCUAGCUUGAUCCGAGCUGCGGGUAACAGCUGGGCACAAAAGGCUGAAAUGCUGGUACUCACCAACUUUGGCAAGAUUUCAGUCCAAAGACUCAUGGUAAUUCUCCCGCAAUGUUCUGGCUCGCAGAUGACUGACACAGCUGUUCAGACAUGCAUAUUACUUUACGACUUCCACUUUAGACUAGGCGAAUACACCCAGGCUCUGAUGCUGAGUGGCCUCGCAGUCCGAAUGGCUCAUGCACUACAGCUCAACGUCGAAUUCUCACCCGACAUUCUCUGCGCAGAGGCCAACGAGUCAUCCCCUCCAGCCGUUGAGAAGGAGAGUCGUCGUAGACUCAUGUGGGCCUGCUACAUCCUAGAUGCCUGGACUGGUAGUGGUGUUGAUCAAUUAACACUACUGCGUGAAGCCGAUAUUAAAAUCCAGUUGCCAUGUAACGAACGUAACUUCAGACUUCGGAUCCCUUGUGUAACAGAGACGCUCGGUGUUGGCCACGUUCUACAAUUCCUCCCUCCUGCGAUUGUCCCACGAAGGCCGGCUGCCAACAUGGGUAUCAUGGCUUACUACAUCCGAAUUGUCACCUUAUGGAAACGGGUAGUCAGAUAUGUAAAGCAUCUGAAUACGAGCCCGCCUCCGUGGCUUCCCGAAUCUGACUUUGCAGCUCUUGAUGCCGAUUUGCGAUCAUGGGGACGACAUCUUCCCGAGUUCAUCUCAUACUCCACUGACACUAUUUACGCACGCCUCGAAUCCGAUCAGCUCGGGUCACUUGUCUUACUCCAUUGCACAUAUCACCACAAUCUCCUAGAUCUUUACAGAAUAUCUAUGCCUGAUCUGUUCAAGUUGAUCAAGCCUUUCUACUUCCCACCUAACCAGCAAGAGUUCCUGCAAUCUUUGCAAGCUGAUUGCUUUUACCACGCGAAGCAGAUCUCUACUAUCUUGGCUGAGGCGGUACAACAUGGUGCACGAUAUCUUGCCGAUAGUCUCCUUCCCUGCUUUGCUUAUGAUAGUAGCCGCGUGAUGCUGUACUACAUUGCAAGACUGCUUGACUUGAGUAGACCUGAUGCAGAAACCAUUGUUGUGGACGCAAUCAAUGCCGUGGAAAGUAACAGCAAGAUCCUACGGACAAUGGCAGCUCUGUUCCCACUCGCCGAUUCUCUAGCAACGACGACUGAAAGAUGGCUAGCCAAGAUUCGCAAGACUUUUGCCCAGGAUGAGCAUAUGAGCGACCGUCCUCUGCAUGGCGAUGAGGAAAGGUCUCCGAUUUUGACUGGGAGCCCCGUCACAAGCAGUCCUGACGAGGCCAUGGGAGCUCUUGGCCUGGCACGUCUUGCGCAAGGUCAAAGCAGUGAUAUGAAGCCGAUAGACCGUGAUGCUUGGAACAAGGUGGAGAGCGGCAGUCCAACUGCGAGCAAAAGAGGAGCUGGCUCUGUGUCUGGGGCGAGCAGUCAACCCGAAGUAACGCCCGCACGAUCCAAACUACAGCACGAGCAGCCAGUAUCUCAACGGACACCCCCAGGAGCUACGACUUCACACAUGGACCACCAAGCAGUAGAUCUCAGCGAUUUGCAAAACUACCUCUCGUGGGAUAUGUAUGGAAUUAUGGAGAUGAACGACAAUGGCUUGAAGGCUGGCAUAGAAGACAAUGGCAUGCCAUCCUGGAGUACGAUGUGA